UCUCCCCAUCCAUCCAUCCAUCAACACGACCAGACACACACACACGGUGUCUGUCUCUGUGUGUGUGUCUCUAAGUAUGCACUGAAGAUCUUUCUUCACCUGUCUUUCUAGCUUUACAAGAAGAAGAAGAACGGUCGCGACCCACCAGGUGAAAGAAAGAGCUUUGUUUGUCCCUUCCAUGGCGAAUCUGAAGGGAGGGACGAGGCCGCCGUGGGUGGGCCUUGGUGCCGCCGUGUGGCUCCAGAUAGGCUCCGGCAACGGCUUCAACUUCCCCCUCUACUCCCAUUCCCUCAAGUCGGUCCUCGGGUUCAGCCAGCACCAGCUCACCAUGCUCGGCGUCGCCAACGACAUCGGCGAGAACGUCGGCCUCCUCCCCGGCUACUUCUGCAACAAGUUCCCCCCUUGGGCCGUCCUCUUGAUCGGCGCGCUCGCCUGCUUCUCUGGGUACGGCGUGCUUUAUCUCGCCGUGAGCCGGACCGUCGAGUCUGUCCCUUACUGGUUGUUGUGGCUUGCCCUCUGUAUUGCCACCAAUAGCAGUGCCUGGCUCAGCACAGCCAUUCUGGUAACAAACAUGAGAAACUUCCCUCUAAGCCGAGGCACGGUUGCAGGGAUCCUCAAAGGUUAUGCAGGCCUAAGCGCUGCUGUAUUUACUGAAAUUUACAGUGUCUUGCUUCGACAUUCCUCUUCCAAGUUACUGGCAUUCCUCUCCAUUGGGAUCCCUCUCCUCUGUAUCACCUUGAUGUACUUUGUUAGGGCUUGUACUCCUGCUUCAGGUGAAGAUGCUUCAGAACAUGGCCAUUUUCUUUUCAUACAAGCUGCAAGCAUUGUGCUUGGCUUAUAUCUCCUAACGACGACGAUAUUAGAUGUUGUGCUUUCUUUGACGCCUCCCAUAUCCUUUAGUUUCAUUGUCAUUAUGAUUCUCCUUCUCAUGGCUCCUCUGGCGAUUCCUGUCAAGAUGACAUUGUUCCGCAGCAAGACAAAUAAAUCGGAGACUUCUAACCAAUCAGCUACGUCUUCCGGUUGUUCAAUAAAUGAGAAUGUCGAUGAGAAAACUGAGCCACUUUUGACACGUAUAUCAUCUGCUACACAUGUAGCAAGUUUCUGUGAGAGUGAUGGGCCAUCAGAGAUUGACUUGCUUUUGGCAGAAGGUGAGGGAGCAGUGAAGAAGAAGAGGAGGCCCAAGAGAGGGGAGGAUUUCAAGUUCUUUGAAGCUCUUGUUAAGGCAGAUUUCUGGCUUCUGUUCUUGGUGUAUUUUGUCGGAGUUGGUACUGGCGUGACCGUGCUUAACAAUCUGGCCGAAAUAGGGAUUGCUCAAGGUGUCCAUGACACAACCAUCUUGUUGUCUCUCUUCAGUUUCGGCAACUUUGCGGGCCGUCUUGGCGGGGGUGUCGUUUCUGAACAUUUUGUCAGGUCAAAAACUAUGCCUCGAACAGUUUGGAUGACAUGGACUCAAGUUGCUAUGAUUGCCAUAUACCUUCUGUUUGCUUCUGCUUUUGACGGUACACUUUUUGUGGCGACUGCAUUACUCGGUAUCUGCUACGGUGUCCAACUCUCUAUAAUGGUCCCGACCGUCUCCGAACUUUUCGGACUGAAGCAUUUUGGAAUAUUUUACAAUUUCAUGUCACUGGGGAACCCAAUUGGUGCAUUCCUCUUGUCCGGCCUCCUAGCCGGGUAUGUUUAUGACAACGAGGCAGCCAAACAGCACGGACUCUCUCUCCAAGGACUCGUGCUUCUAAAUUCGAGCGGGUCCUGCCUUGGUCCAAACUGCUUUAGGCUCACUUUCCUUGUUCUUGCUGGUGUCUGCGGUUUUGGAGUGAUAUUGAGCAUAAUUCUGACUAUCAGAAUAAAGCCCGUUUACCAGAUGCUUUAUUCUGGGGGUUCAUUUAGGUUGCCAAACAGUUCUAGUCACUGAUAGAUUCGAAGGAACAGAGCAUAGGCACGAACGUUUAACUCAUGGGACAGCAUGUGGUUACCUAUAUCUCACACGGUAGCGACAUGACUCAGAGCACGUCUUAGUGCCACCCAGAAAAGCAAACCACCAGUUAUAAGAUUGGUCAUGUUAUGGAAAGUAUCCUACGCAUUGAAGCAAAGAUCUGCAUUUUUGCUGUUA